AUGAGCACUGAUGAUUGGUUUAUAAAUUCUCACCAAAUCUUUCCUAAUGAACACUGUUGCAACAACUUCUUUCAUGCUUCUCCUGGCAGAAUCUGGCUCAAAUGGAAUGCUUCAUCAAUUUCUUUUUCUCCUAGUCACAUCUCCUCUCAACUGAUCCAUGGUACCCUUCGUUAUGACUCUGUGAAUUGCAUCAAGAUUUUGGUGGUUUAUGCGGCUAAUACUGCUUCUGAAAGAACUCCUCUUUGGAACCAGUUCCAAUUUAAGAAUUACUGGUUAAAUAUAGCUGGUUGUUGGGAUGGUGUUAUUACAGUUUUUGCCUCUCAGCCUAAGGGGAAUCCUAUUGCUGCAUUUUAUUCUAAGUUAAACUCUCUUAAAGAGCACUUCAAGAGCAAGAAUUGGGGAGGCCAAUUCUUAUCUUCUAGUCUUCAUGAAGCUAAAUGUUCAUGGAUUAGCCAAAGAGCUAAAGCGAGAUGGCUAUCUAAUGGGGAGGACGAUCUGGGAUUCCUAUAUGCUAGAAUCAAAAUGAGGAAGAACUCCUCUCAUAUUAAAGAGAUUACUACUGAUGAAAGCUAUUUUACCAAUCAUGAGGCUGUGUUUGAUGGUUCCUCUUCCUCGGCUCCUGGCCCAGAUGGAUACAACUUUGAAUUUUACAAAAAAUCUUGGCCUCUUAUUGAUACCCAGAUCUGUAAAGCUAUUAAGUACUUUUUUCAUACGGGCAUCCUUCCUAAGAGAGCUAAAGCCACUGCAAUUACUUUGAUUCCUAAAAGCCCUCAUGCUUCUAAUAUAUCUGAUUUUAGACCUAUUUAUCUUUGUAAUGUUUUUUACACAAUUAUUGCAAAGAUUUUGGCUAAUAGGAUGAAAGAUAUCAUGCCCCUCAUUAUUCACAAAAGCCAAGCUGGUUUGGUUCAUGGCAGGGUGUCUACUGAUAACAUUAUGUUAGCUACUAAAAUUCUUAGCUGCUUUAAUUCUACUUCUCGGGAUGAGCUUUUCUAUGCAAAACUUGAUAUUAAGAAAGCAUUUGAUACUGUCUCUCGAGAUUUCCUCCUUACCCGUAUGCUCUUGAAUGGUUUUCCUGAACCUUUUGUCAAAUCUGUUAAAGGGUGUCCACUUUCACCCCUCCUUUUCUCAAUUGUUAUGGAUGCCUUUUCUUGUGUUAUCGAUGACAGCAGCUUUUUGGGUAUUAAUAAUGGGAAUUAUAACUACAAGCAUUUGCUAUACGCUGAUGACCUUCUGGUAUUUGGUAAUGCUACUAUGAAUAAUGCUGCUCUCCUGUUAAAGUCGCUGAAUUCCUUUGCUGAAGCCACUGGUCUUUAUAUUAACAAUACUAAAUGCUCUAUUAUUUUCUCCUUCAACUCGUCUCUAACUGAGGAUAUCAACCUUUUGAUGGGCGUUUUAAGAGCUAAUGUCUGUCUUACCUAUCUGGGCUUACCCAUCUCCACCAAGAAGCUUAAUUCUACUUACUUCCUGCCACUAUUGAGUAAACUUUUUACUCUACUUGCUGGCUGGAAAAACAGGUUUUUGUCUUUUGCAGGGAGGCUUCAAUUCUUAAGAUUUUCAAUUGCAAACACUCUUGCUUACUGGAUUAGAGGUUCUAUCAUACCAAAAUCUGUUUGCAAACUGAUUGACAAAAUGUGUUCAAGGUUUUUGUUUCACGGGUCCACUAAUUUGAAGAAGUUACACCUUAUUGCCUGGAAUAAAACUUGUCUUCCAAAAUGCUUUGGGGGUUUGGGUAUUCCUAGCAUAGACUCUCUUUACUUUCCUUAUGCUUGCUCUUUUAUCUGGAGACUAUACAAUCAGGAUUCUAUGCUUGCUAUGUGGCGGAGAAAAAAUUACCAUUCCCCUUGGAAACAGGCGCAUUCUAAAGCCACUAAAUUCUGGAAGAUAAUCUGUAACACUGCUGUGAAAAUUCAAGAUAGUGUUACCUUUAAUGUUGGUAGUGAAAAUUGUCUUCUAUCUAUGCUUUGGGACCCUUGGUGUCUGGGAAAACCUUUGGAGGAGGCUCUCUCUCAUAUUUCCCCUUCUCACACUGCUGUUAAAGAUUUUAUUAAAGGUGGAGUUUGGGAUGUUCCUGAGUCUUGGGGUUUUGCUGCUGUUAAUCAUAUCAGGAAGGUGCCAAUUAUUAAUUCCUCUUGCCACACCAUCUCUUGGGCUGGUAAUGAUAAGGCUUGUUUUAAAACUUUUUAUUUACAUUACUACCGGGAUUUACAGCCUGUUUCUUGGCAUCCUUAUAUUUGGCAUAAGCGUUAUGCUCUCCAUUAUUCAUCUUUUGCUUGGUUGGCUGUUUUGGGAGGGCUUAAAACUGCAGAAGCUCUAGCUAUUAGGAAUAUUAUGGUUUGUAGGGAAUGUUCCCUAUGCUCUGUUGGGGAAGAUAACACUAGCCAUAUCUUUUUCCAAUGUGAUUACACGUUCAAGAUAGUCAGUCACCUUCUACCUGCUUUGAAUAAGUUUUUGCUUAUGCCCACUAUGAUACAAUGCUUUGAUUUUUUUAAUGAUCAUCCUGGUAUAAGCACUACACAUAAGAAUUUCUGUUUUCUUGUGCUUUGCUGCUCUAUCUACUUUAUUUGGAGGGAAAGGAAUGAUAGGCGGUUUGGUUCGACUCAGUCUACUGUAAAUGCCAUCAUACGAAAGAUUGUGAAAGCUUUAAGAGCAAAAUCGUUAAAAUGGGGAAGUGUUGAAAGGUUGAAGCAAGAUUUCCAAGGUGUUUUGGUUUCGGGAGCAGGUCUUGGGAGUAAUAAGAAUUCAUUUUUGUCUUUGGAUUCUUACUUUCUCUCACCGGACGAUGAUGAUUGA